GUAUAACUUGUACAUUAGUGGCUCUAUUGUGGAGAGUUGCCAGGCAACAGAGAAAUCCGUCAACAGACAGUUCAUGGCAGAGGCUGGUGGGACUCGUCGUAAGGUGCGCUGGCUGCAGAGAGCGCCGCCCGCAGGUGAUUUAUUCCAGGCCGCGGUGUCCGGAGAUCAGGAAUGGCUGAGCUUCAGUCUGAGGAGAACACUCUCACCCUCACAGCCCAACAAACAGGGUCUCACAGUGCUCCAUGUGGCUGCUCAGCAUGGCCGGCUCGACUGCGUAAAGCUGCUUGUGGAGGCUUACUGUGUUGAUGUGAAUGCUAGCUGUCCGUGUGGGCGGAGACCCCUGCACAUGGUGCUCAGUCCACAGAGCAAACCCCACUCACACACCUGCCUUACAUACCUGCUGCAGCAUGGAGCCCAGCACAACGUAUCCACAGAUGAAGGACUGACCCCUCUGCAUAUGGCUGCAGCUGAAGGCCUGAAAAACUGUGUUGAAACGCUGGUUGAGGUUGGAGCAGACACACAUGCCAUUGACAAACACGGACACACACCACUCGACCUCGCUCGCUUAUGGGGUCACAGGGUCAUUGCCAGGUUUCUAAAGAAUUCCAUGUGGCAGAGAGAUAAGAAGAAAGAAAUGGAGGAACGUAAAGCUCUGCAGACUCUCCGGCACAAUCUGAUGUGGCUGUACAGGACUGCAGAGAGCAAGGAAAAGGUGGCCAGAGAGGCGGUUAAUGUGCAGAAGGUCACUGAGUGGGCUGAGAAGAAAGGGCUUCCUUUGCUCUGGCCUCCUCUCAGGAGCUCAGGAGCUUUAAACCAUAGCUGCUUCCCAUCCACUGAGCCUCCGAUUACAAAGAGCAAAAAGAAAUUCAAGGAAAGUUCACCCACACCAAUGUGGGACAUCUCUCCAAACCCCUGUAGACCUCCUCCAGCCAGUGUCAGCAGACCACAGGAGGUACGAAUGGGAGUCCAUCCAGAGAAAGCUCCACUAGAGCCAGAUCUACGUAAUAGAGUGACUUUGAGUUGUUUUGAGGAUGGCCGCAUCCACUACACUGCAUCAUGGGAGAACAUUCCACAGUCAGUUCCUGCCCUGCCCAUGGAUGUCAUCCAAAGAGGCCUGUUUCCAUCUGCUUUUCCCUCCCGUAUCACUUCUCCACUGCCCUUCCAGACCAGCAGCAUGCUGGACCUGCCUCAUCGAGGUUGUACUGCCAAACCAGGAGACUCACCUUGGACUGAGGUGGCGAUGCACCUCGCAGGAGAGCUGGAACUGGGCCAUUACUAAAUGCUAAAUGACUAGUUUUGAUAUUUUUUCCUUGUGCAGACUGCUUGCAUUCAAAUAAAUAACCUUAUAAUAUUGAACAAUCAUAAUAUAUGAUGUCAUCCUCUCUCCUCAAUGCCUUUUACUUGCUCCAGACUGUUUUUUAAUUGAAUCUUAUUUUUUUCCCCACCCACACAUACGUUCCUAGCACCUGUGGCGAGCUGUGUGGGAUGUUAACAAAAUAUACCAAAAUAUACAUCAAGUUACAGUCAGGUCCAGCAUAUAUGCCAGAGUUGCUUUUCUGUUCAUACACAGACAAGUCUAGCCAUUUCUUCACAUUUCUAGCAGGGUUGUACAAAAUUUAAAUUGGAAUUCCAUGAAAUUCAUAAUCCAUAAUUAAGCAUAUAACAAUGAAGCUUUAAAGUAUGUAUUACAUAUGAUUUUUCAGUCUCUCUUUGCUGGAUUUCAAUUUCUCUGCUGAGAAAUGUUGGACACGUGCAGAUAGCUGUGCCCCUAAAAUAACAACCUGCCAAAGUCUGAGCACACCUGGCUCUUAAAGUGAAUGGCAAGUGACACGCUCAUUGUGUUAUUGCUUGUAACAUCCAAAAACAAACCCAUGAAUAAAUAAGAGAAUCAGUACA